AUUGUCUCUAGAUAGUUGCACCACGUCCACAAGUCUCUCUUCCUUUUCUUCUGUUUCUCUGUCAUUUUCCUCGUUAGCAGCAUUGUCAUGCAUCAAAGAAACUGUUCAGGUAACGGACGUCCGCGGUUCCCGAAAAGAGAGCCGAGAGCCCGACCCCCCACACGUAGGCCUAAUCCAUCCCACAACUGGGCCUCUUCUCAACGAAGUGUUUCAAUCCCGAAUUGCCAUGAGAAGCCCCAAAACUCCACCCCGGUUAGAUCCAACACCACCCCGGGUACAUCUGACACUGGGAUACACUGGAGAUUAACGCAGAUGUAUUCUGAAGGUGGCUGCGCCAAAUCUAAAGAUGGAGUCUCCUCUUGGAAUUGCGCUGAAGGGGGCGCUUCAGCCAAAGUUGUUUCUCGUAAGGUAGAGCCCGCUACUGCUGCAUCACCAGCCAGAGAUAAUGCUCCCAGCAUCACUAAUGUCAAGAGAAAUAGCCAAUCUUCCACGUCCGGCAAUAAGGCAGAGCUCGGGAUCGAACAAGCCGCUAAAAUUGCUCUUCCCUCCUCGCCCUCCGAUGAAGACGUAUCCGGCAAAGCGAGAGUUAUCGCCCCUAAGCAAGUGGCCACCAAGACCCUCCACUCCGCCCCAGCAAGAUCUGCGGUGGUUAAACCAGGCUGUUCACUGCCAAGUGGAGAAUCUGCCCCAUCAGACCUUGAGGCUCGUCGUCAAAAGGCAAUACAAAUGGUUCUGGAGCUGCGACUUCAGCAAGACAUGCAGAAUUCUUCGGACGAUUCUUGGUCUGAAUAUAGUUGCAGCAGCGACAGCGACACAGACUCCUGCUGGUCGACAUGUUCUGAGACGUCAAUCACCGACACAGUGAAUGUCCCUACAUACCCAGAUGAAGAGUCACGUGUCACGGCAGUCCUGAGAGCGAGACUUGCUGCCGGGCACGUCCCUCAGGCCCGCAAAUCCAGGAACUUGGUCUCCCUGGAUGAGAUGCUUCACGCCAUCAGAUACCUGCCACAGCCUCGCGCCUUCGCCCCGUGGUUUGAUGAAGACAUGGUGGACUUCGACAACAACGUCAUUGGCCUUCUCCGGCCUCCCGCUCGACCAAGAGCUCCCUAUGUGGGAGACGUCAUCGCUACCCUAGUUCCACCCAUGGCAAGACUGAGUCUCAAACAUGCCCAACAUACCGGCGACGAUAAGCACGUGACCCCAGCCAAAUCCAGAAAGAGGCAGAAUGACGAUGUCCCUGAUGUGAGAGGCAUAAAGAGGUCAAGGACACAAUCAUCUGGAACAACUGAGCGCAUCAACGCAGUGACCUGUGGCAAGAGGAAGGCUGUAGAAUGUGAUGACAUCCUUCAUGCCGCAAAGAGGACAAGGCAUUAGAUAGAAAGGAUAGAUUAUUUGGUAAUUAUGUACGUAUGUGUGUGUGUUUGUGCGUGUGGAUGCGCGGGUGCUUGCUACGCAUGUAUGUUUUCCUGAAGUAGUGCUGUGUGAUUGAGCUUGCGCGCGUGCGUGUGUGAGUGAGUGAGUAAGUGUGAAUAUUAAUCGUGUUGUGUAUGGACGGAUGUGUGUUUCAACAGUUAUUGCCACGUAUAUGUACACAUGCCCUUUACUGUAGUAUAUGAUGUGUACUAGAUAUCUCUUUAUCCUGUUAUCUGAAGCUAGAGGAAAUUCAAAGAUAUUAUUCUGAUAUGUAAUGUCUCAUGUCAAUCUGGUCUUGAUGCAAGUCAAGUUCACAGCUGUGUCUCAUGUCAAUCUGGCACAGAAACAUGUAAAGUCACAACCAUGCCUAGUGUCAAUCUGGUUUGAUGCAUGUAGAAUCAAAACCAUGGCUUAUGUGAAUCUGGUCCACACUCAUGUAAAGUCACAACCAUGCCUAGUGUCAAU